AUGUUUUUAACGUUUUCUAGAGAAUGAUGUGGUCAUCCACACAGUCCAACAUUAACAACAGCCUCUGAGUGAAAAGUGGAAAAGUAAACUCGUCUUAUACUAAAAUAAGCAUGCACAUAUAAAUAAUUACGCAAGUGUUAUUGUCUUUUCGGUGUGAAUAAUGGGUUUUAAAAUUGUUUUUGCGACGUUAUCUUUACUGAUUGUCCAUAUCAUUCAUGGAACGCCAUAUUAUCCGCUCUAUACCGUUCCGUGCUGCGGAGGCGACAUCACAUUGAACUGCAGCAUACAGAGCGGAUCAGCCGGGACAAUAGAAUUUCGUCCCGUUACCCACAAUAACUGGACCAUUAACUUGAAUCUAGAGACGGAUCUCCGCCCUACCACCCGAGACCUUUGCAUUGUAUCUCAACGUUCGGUCUGUAAAAUUUUCACUUGGCGGUUUCGGCGAAACAGUUGGCUAUGUGCUGAUGUUCAGUACAUAACUAACGGAUUAAUCUACCAUCCACGUAUCAGUUAACAAUGUAUGAGGGCGCACUGGGGAAUCGUACGCGCGUCAAAGAUCUCCGGCACUUCCAACGAACACUCCGCAAUCCGGCAUCCAUCUCUCAUGUGUUAACCAAAUAUUCUUCAAACCCGAACAUCCAGUAUUCUCGAUGGAAUUUGACAGUUAACGAUUCGUCCAGUUAUGUUUUUAUGGAUUAUGUCGUCCUAACAAAGGCGUCAUCAUCUUUCAAUACAUACUGCCAUGCUUUAUCGGGCUACAUAAAUCAAGAGUACAUUUGUGAUGGCGAUGGAGAAACGGAUCGUGUUAAUUGUCCCAGCGUCUACAUCCCCGACAUCGGACGCAAUCCGGCAUCUGGCCGCCAAUGUCCCAGCCCAGCAGCAGGUUCCAACAGUGAUGUCCGAGAUGCUCACACCCUGACGAUGAUAAUAAUCGGUUCCGUAUUUGUCGCGUUGAUCGUGAUUUUUGUAAUCGUGGCGCUGAUUGCUAAACGAGCGGAUGCAAAAGUGCUUGCCGGACCCCACAGCAGGAAUUACGAAUCCAUAUGAUGAGAUGGGAGGGGCUCUCCAUGCUACCCUAGGUUACCACUGUUUUAAUGGCUAUGGAAGAUUAAAUCUUUUAGAUCUAUGGUAUCUCUGCGUUUGUGCUGUGAUGAACGAUACUAAUA